AUGGAGAGAGAUAGCGAAAGCAAUGGGUACGACAGACCUCGUCGCUAUGAAAACGAGGAUGUUACGCCGACUAGUGAUCGAGAGCUAAAGGGCUGGUAUGCUUACGGCCUGGCUGCCGAAGUGUUCGCUGUGGCUGGUGUUGGCUCUUUUCUCCCAGUCACUCUCGAGCAGCUCGCAAAAGAACGAGGUGUUCUGCGCUCCGAUCAUGUCACUCCCUGUGUUAAACCAAAGUCUGUUGCGGCAGAAGCUCAACAUUUACUCUUACGAGCUGUUAGCCGUGCUACCAACGACAAGAACGCCAGCCAAUGUGUGAUACAACCUUUCGGAAAGGAUAUCUCGACAGCUUCGUUCGCCAUGUACACUUUCUCCAUUGCUGUCUUGGUGCAAGCGAUAGUACUCAUAUCGUUCAGCUCUUUCGCCGAUCAUGGAACAUACCGCAAAAAGUUGCUUCUCGCUUUUGGUUGCAUCGGAUCGGUCUCGAGCAUGCUCUUCAUCGUGGUCUCACCUAGUAUCUACCUCCUAGGAUCUGUGCUGGUCAUCCUGGGUGUGGCAUCUCUAGGCUCUUCAUUCGUGCUGUUGAACUCUUUCCUCCCUCUUCUGGCCAGUAACCAUCCCUCCGUCAUUUCUGCAGAGAGACAGGAGGGGUCUCCUUUGGCAACGGUUGACAUGGUCGAACCUGACGGAUCAUAUUCGCCAGCGCCUAAUGCAGAGCAUACAAAUCCUUCCAGGCCACAAGACAGCAAGCAAACAUCGCCUGCUCUGGCACUCUCAAACAAGAUUUCUGCCAAAGGUGUAGGUCUCGGCUACAUGGCAGCAGUACUCGUUCAAAUCAUCAGCAUCGGUAUGCUCUUGACCUUGAACAAGGUCAACUGGUCAUCCCAAUCUAUCCCGCUCCGGGUAAUCCUACUCAUGGUCGGAAUUUGCUGGGCAGCAGGUGGUAUUCCAGGAGCCCUUUGGUUGCGCGAUCGUCCUGGCCCUCCACUUCAAAGUCUCAGUGGCAGGCAUGGUAAGGUUGGUCAAGUUCUCGCGUACUUCAGAUUCGCUUGGUCGUCAGUAUGGCAGACUGUGAAACAAGCUGUCAAGCUUCGCCAGACUGUCAUUUUUCUGAUCGCAUGGUUCUUACUAUCCGACUCGAUUGCCACUGUCUCCGGCACUGCUAUUCUGUUUGCAAGAACUGAGCUCAAGAUGAGUACUGUGCAGAUUGCCAUUCUGUCCAUCACCGCUACAUCGUCCGGUAUCGCUGGUGCGUUCACUUGGCCGGUCAUUUCGCGUCGCUACCAACUUCACACUCAGCAGACAAUCAUUGGCUGCGUCCUGCUUAUGGAGAUCAUCCCCAUCUAUGGACUGAUCGGUUAUCUUCCAUUCGUUCAGUCUUGGGGAGUUGGAGGUCUACAACAGGCUUGGGAGAUCUACCCGCUAGGUGUAGUACAUGGCUUCGUGAUGGGUGGUUUAUCCUCCUACUGCCGCUCCUUCUAUGGCUUGCUCAUCCCACCCGGUAGCGAGGCGGCUUUCUACGCCCUAUACGCCGUCACUGACAAGGGCAGCUCAGCCAUCGGCCCUGCUAUUGUCGGUAUGAUUGUCGACGUCACUGGUACGAUCAGACCUGCGUUUGCGUUUUUGGCUGUGCUGAUCGCUCUGCCCAUUCCUCUCAUCUACAUCAUCGACACUGAGAAGGGUAGAGCUGAUGCACUGGCUAUGGCUGGCGUGAGGAGUAAGCCAACGAGUUAUAAUUCCGAUGCUAGAGACCGCGAGAGCUACGAUGAGGAUGCGCAGCCUUUCCUUUCGCAGCAUGAGAGAAACGAUUGA